GUCUGUGCUUGGAAAUUUUAUCAAUACCACGGUUAUCUAGUCCGCCACUGGCAGAGUUGCUCGCGAAAUCUACGGGCUCGACGUCCGACGACGGGGUGGCGCAAAGGCUCGAGAAUAGGCUGUGAGAAGUAGAGAAAAGGACAGGAGCGAAAGAGAACAAAUAUGGCCACCGAAGGCGGUCUGGCGCCGGAUGCUGCGGGUGCUGGCGCGGGUGCAGGUGCAGGAACCGAUGGAAUUGUCGGUGGGCCCAGGACGCCUCAGCAGAUUGCUUCGCAAAAGCGACUGCAGGCGACGCAAGCGCAGGUUGACGAGGUCGUCGACAUUAUGAAGACGAACGUUGAGAAGGUCCUCGAGCGUGAUCAAAAGCUCUCCGAGCUUGAUGACCGAGCAGACGCACUUCAGCAAGGAGCGUCGCAAUUUGAACAACAAGCGGGAAAAUUGAAGAGGAAGUUUUGGCUACAAAAUUUAAAGAUGAUGAUCAUCAUGGGCGUCAUCGCACUCAUUAUAUUGAUCAUUAUAGUUGCAAAAUUCAUGCCGGAGUCACCACCACCAGCACCACCUGCGUACGCUUAUCCACCAGCAGGAGUACCUCCCCCAGGUGCACCACCUGCAGGUGCUCCUGCCGCAGCACCAGGAGGUGCAGCUGCUCCAGGGGGUGGUUCUGCACCCCAAACCGCCGCUGCUGCCUUCGUUGGCUCCUUUAAUGGUAUACGCAGUACGAUCUAAAGAAAAGCUGCUCCCUCCGUUAUGAUCUUUCAAUUAAAUUUAAAUUAAAUUGAAUUAAAAAAAAAAAAAAGAAAAAAAAAAGAAAAGAAAAAAAUUAAAUUAAAAGAAAAACAACCAACUAAAAAUGAUCCUCUAGAUGUGAUCGAUCAAUCGAUCUGGACGAUAAGAAAGGUAGAAAUAAACGAAAACAUGCGAUGAGAGAAACGAAUAAUUAAAGAUAAAUCUUCUCGAACUUUUCCUCGAUUUUAUUUCUUUUCAACCUGCAAAAGAUCAUUACAAUUCGCUUUUGCGAAAUGAAGGAAAUUAAAAAGAACAGAAAAGAAAAGAAGAAAAAAGAAAAGAGAGAAAAAAUAGAAGAACAGAAAAGGAAGACAAUUUCUAUUUGAAAUUGAAAACAUCAUCGUUUGUCCUUGAAUUGCUCGAUGGUCUCCUUAAUUAAAGGAAAUGAAUAUCGUUUGUGUUGGUAAAAAAGUUAUAUCUAAUAUACAAUUAUUUAUACAUAUAUAUAUACAUAUAUAUACAUAUAUACAUGUGUGUACAUAUAUAUAUAUAUAUAUAUAAAUAAUUUUAUAUAUAAUGUUAAGAGAAACGAGUACUAUAUAAGUAUAAUGCGAAGGCUCGAGAUGUGCUCUCUACGUAUGUAGUUAUUCCUAUCCAUAUGCAUACAUCCGAUCAAGGAAUAUGAGAGGAAACAGUACCUAUACACAUAAUAUUUUCCAUUACGCAAUCUACUUACGAGUAAUCGUGAAAUUGCGUAUAUUUCAAUAAUAUAUGUACAUAAAUGAUUAUUAUUAUUAUUAUUACAAAUUGUCAGUGUAAGAAUAAACGAAUAUAAGUAUAUUAAUUUAACGAAAUAUUAAACGAAAGACACGUGUUAACGAAAGACACGUAUAUAACGAGGAAAAUAAUGAGCGAAGAGUGUUAUUAGUGUUAAAUUUAUUAUAUCCUCCAUUAUAUAUAUAUAUAUAUAUAUAUACAUAUAUACAUAUAUAUAUAGCUAUUAUUGUAAACAAAGUACCUAUACACGUUGUACCGUCAUUGUCAUCAGAGUUCGACAUUUUUGAGCGUUCGAAAAAAAAAAAAAAUAAACCACAGCAGUUUAGAAAAGUACGAUGCACGUUUUACACGAUUAUAUUUUCUUUUUAUUUCUUAAAAUUCUUUUAUUAUCACAAGCUUAACGAAUAUAUACAUAUAUAUGUAUCUAUAUAUAUUAGCUUAUUUUUUCUUUUUGUGAUCUAUAAUUUAUAAUAAUCACGUUGUGCGAUCAUAAAAAAUUUGCCUUAAGUAUUACUAUCUCGCACAGAUCGAAAAAAAAGUAUUAUCAAUUGCUUUCGCAAAUCAAGUAUCCGAGAACAUCUUUGAAAUAAUACAUAGCUCGAACAUACUAUGACAGAUAAUUGUACAGGAUCGCGAUAGAUUUCUGUCGAUAGAUAGAUUCAUUAUAUUUAUUUGAUCGAUACGAACUAUUAUUAUUAGUUUCGUCGACACAUUUCUACAUGUAUGAUUCGCGCAAAUGGAGAUCUUGAAGCUCGAGUAAUUCAACGAUCCUUAUAUCCAGUUUCAUAUUGGCCUAAUUAAGCAGGUGCUUGAACGUACAUAAAAAAAAGAAAAAAAAAAGAAAACAACAACAACGCUGUUAAUAAAAUAUCAAAGCGUCAUAUAUAUGGAGUUGCGAUUAUGAUGACGCUAUUAAAUGAUGUUACGAUUUCAAUGUCCUCUCCAUAUUGUAUGAUUGUACACACACAUACACACACAUACCAUAUAUGCGUAUACAUGUACAGAAAGCCUAUUUAUUGUUAGAUGGUAUUGCAAGGACGAUCGUUUGAUUCCUACAUUUUCAGAAUAAAAAAAGAAAAAAAAAAGAAAAGGUUAGUAAGAUAUAAUAAUAAUAAUAAUAAUAAUAAUAAUAAUAAUAAUAAUAAUAAUAAUAAUAAUAAUAACAAUAACAAUAAGAAUAAGAAUAAGAAUAAGAAUAAUAAGAAUAAUAAGACACUCUAAGACACGUCGUGUUACGAUUAUGCCAAAUUUUCGAAAAUUCAUGUCGAGUAACAGCGAAGCGAUAGGCGGAUAAAAUCUUUCGUUUAUUUAUUCGCAAAAUUUGUAUCUAUAGUUAAAACAAAUUUUUUAUCGAGAUCUUUCUUUCGCUGACACGUACGAUCAUUCUUCUUCUAACAAAUAACUUUUUCAUUUCAUGAUAAAUGGAAAGAGUUUGAAAAAUAUCAAAAUUAUGAUAGUUAAUAUUUUCGAAAAUUGUGGCUAUAAAAAUUUGCUUAUUAUACUAUAUUUACAAGAAAACAAUCGCAUUUACAUCCUCUUACACAUACGCGCGUACGCAGGCGCAUAUACACAUACACCACACGCAUCAUAUCAUUAUUCACAUCACAUUGCAUUAUUUUAUCACGUUACCCUACUUUUAUUCUAAUCUUAUUAUGGUUUAAGCACACGGUGUGUAUGGUUACACACACACACGUAUAGCGAUAAAAAGAAAAAAAAAAGGAAAGGAAAAGAAACCAAUAAAAUAACAGAUUUGUAAGUAUAGUUAGAAUAAUUACGUAAGACGAACUCCAAAAAAAACUUAGGCAGAUUAACGGAUUAUUGUGUAUAAUUAAUAGAAUUAUCAUCGCAAUAUCUAUUGAGUUACAUGCAACACAAAUCUGCGUUGAUCUAGCCAUAUUUUGACGUAGAUGUUAUUGUACCUUAGGCUUAAAUAAAGUUAUGGGGAAGAUUAAUGUACAAAUGAUAAAA